GUUCAAAGUAGAAUUGGAGGAGAAUGGCUAUCGCAUCAGCCUGGAGGCAAGCGAUGCCCCCUCCGGCUUUUAUCAUUACGGCAAGAAAACAUCGGUUGAUGGUCCGACCGAGGGCAAUUAUAAUUUUGAUCGCCUUAUUCCCUACGGUGAAUAUGCGAACCAGGUACCGGGACGCUUUCGUUUGGUAAUGAAUCCCGGCUCUGAGCGGCAAGGAGAAAGCGACUACCACUUCGUUUUCAGAACUUAUAUCGACAUUGCAAAGAGCCUGGCCAAAAAUAUAAGCAUAUCCCAAGAAAGCGACAAGGGCUCGCUCAUCGUUUUGUCGGCCGAAGGCCCCAUUCAGGAAAAACUGGAAGACUUCCUCAACACCACCAUCAGAGAGUUGCAGCAAUACGAACUGGAACGCAAAAAUCAAAUGUCGGUAAACACCAUCAAGUUUAUUGACGAGCAGUUGGGUUAUAUCGUUGACACCCUGACCUCAGCCGAGGAUGAGCUGGAGGAGUUUCGCUCCAACAAUCAGGUGGUGGAUCUCACCUCGGAAGCCCAGGAGGUAUAUACCCAAUACGUGGAAUUGGAGAAGCAAAAGGCCGAACUGCAAUUGCAGGGGGAAUACUUCCGCUAUCUGCAGGAUUAUAUCAACAACCAAGACAAUUACGGAAAUUUAAUGAUCCCCAGCGUGGCGGGGGUUGACGACCCGGUUUUGUUGGGUUUGAUAGAAAAGAUUAUUCAAUUGAGUGCCGAGCAAAGCAAAUUGCAAUACAGCCUGGAGCCCAAUAACCCGGCCCUCCUGCAAUUGGACGAUCAGAUCGAUAAAGUAAACCAGCAAAUAGACCGCAUUACUUCGCGUUAUGCUAAUUUGCCGCAAACCGAGCAGAAAUUGAUCAACCUGCGCAGAAAAUACGAGAUGAGCAAUCAGCAGUACAUUUACCUGAUGCAAAAGCGGGCCGAGGCGGGCAUCAUGAAGGCGGCCAACACGCCCGAUACGCAGGUAAUUGACCCCGCUUUUUAUCACGGACAAGCGCCCAUUGCCCCGAAUCCCAUGCGCAAUUAUGCCAUCGCUUUAAUGCUGGGAUUGAUCCUGCCGGUUGGUUUUGUGUUUUUAUCCGACCAGUUUGACACCAAGGUGCGGGAUUACAGCGAUGUGGAAAAACAGGUUCGGAUUCCCAUCCUGGGCGGG